CGCCCCCCUACCGCCCAAAACAAGUUCACCGCCCCUCAGCAUCCUCCCACCGCCCGUUGAGAACCAAUGUUCUAAACAGUGCAGCUGAAUGGCAUUCCACAGAUGCAAGAAAGGCAGAGAACAAGUUCUGCUUUGCUGCUCUUAUCACUACAAGGUAGGCUUGAACUUGAGCUUAAGGUUGUUUUCUAUCUCCUUAUACUUGCUCCUCAAAUUCUGCCAGUGACAAGCCAGGUGUCUCUUCACCCAUUUCAUUUCAUGGAGCUCCUUGAAAAGCCAAGGAACCCUCUGAGAUGAUUCAAUGAUUAAGAGACCACACAGGAAAAAGCCUAACUACACCUUGGGUCAUUUCUGUUGUCUAAAUGCUAAUCAAGUACUUGGGAGAACUGCCUUCUAGAUUGCUGGGAAAUUUAAAUCUUAUCUUUAAAUUAUUCUAAAUGCACUUCUGUGAAUGAGUUCGAGUGUCAUUCUCUAUGAAUAGGAUUUUAAAUGUUUUCUUGUCUAAUUACCUGGAAGUUCUUUCUAUGCAGCCAUUGAUUUAUUGUAUAAAUAAAUCUGUUUCUCCCUUGUUGGUAGUUAUUUGAAGUCAAAGACAGUUGAGGUUACUUAAUCCACUCUUUUGAGUGUCCUCUCUUUCCACAUAAACUCUCUGGCUCUUUAUUGGCACCAGUGCUUUCACUCCAUCCCCCAUCCCCAAAUCCUUCAUAGUCACACAUAGUGGUACUAAUUAAAUGAAUCAGUGAUAGAGGUUUGGAGCAAUUACUUUUAUUUAUUACUCAUAUGUGUGAUUUAUCAUCCUUUCUUUAAAGAAUGGGGUCCUAAAUUAAUCUACCAUCAGCCUCCAAAUUGGACUAGGGUAAGUCAUUAUUCUUCCCUAAAGCUGUCAAAAAUAAGUGACCAAUUUGCUAAAUUUAUAGAUCAGCUAUGCUCUUGACAAGCAGGAAUAUCCUGAAUACUACCCGUAACUUAGAUUAAUUAUCUUUUCCUGCUUGCCAAGUGUCUCAUUUGAAUAUUUUAGCACAGCCAUUUUUUUCAGUGAUAAGCCAGGGUUACAAGGUUUUCCAUUACAUUUUAACCAAUAACAACUGCUUGAACUAAACCUGAACUCUUUUUCUCAUAGCAGCCACAUUACUGCGAAUACCAGGUUUUGGUUCUCGGUUUGGAUGGAGCUGGAAAAAGCACCAUUCUUCACUAUGUGUGUAGUCCAGAAGCCAAGAAGUGCAUAGCACCUACUCAAGGCUUCAACUCAAUGCAGCUGCAGGCCAGCGGGCUCCAGAUGGACCUUCUAGAAGGUAAGUCCUGUUUGGCAACAGGGCAUAAUCUGCAACACACUGCACGUGGGGCAGGGUAAGGCAUAGUAAUGUAUGAAAGAUCGGUGAGAAUCUUUUUCCCUUCUAUCAUACCAGUCACUGGCUUUGUUCACAGAAACUACACAUAACUUGAUAACUAACUCAGUUUACACCAUAAACUAAACCUCAAAAAGCCUAACUAAAGUUAACAAUAAACAAACAACCCAUUUUUUUUAACCUGACCUGUGUUAACUCGGCAUUGUUUUUCUAUCUUGUAUAAUAUUGAAGGAAGGGAAAACUGUGUCUAGAAGCCUUUAGGCUUGAAUUGAAUUGAUGUCUUCUGUGCUGGGAAUCUCUUAUUGCUUGCCCAUUUUUGCAUUUUUUGUCCUGAAUAAUGCCUGGGAGACUGAUACAAUGACUGAUGCAAUAGAGAACAUUCUCCCUCUUAUCUAAAUCCACAUCUGUAUUUAAGGUAUGGAAAAUAUACCCAAGAUAUGCUGUAAAGAAAUAUUUCCUCAUGAUUUGUUCCUCAGAUGUGGGCACUGCAAUUAAGCACAUCUGGAGGGCAUCAGAAUGGGGAAGAAUGCUAGUCAGUCAACUCGGGGUUUUUUUGUUCUUUGUUAUAUUAGUUGGUGGGAGCCAGAAUCUACGCUUCUACUGGAACCAGUAUCUGAGCAAAGCCCACAUUUUGGUGUUUGUUGUAGACUCUGCAGAUGGCCCACGCCUUCACAUUGCUCGGCAGGAGCUCCACUGCCUGCUAGCUGAAGACCCUCAGCUCCCUUUGAUAGUCUUAGCUAACAAACAGGACAAGAAUGAUGCCCUGAGUAUGGCAGAAUUGCAAGAGGAGCUGGCCUUGCACAAUCUGGACAGUCAGAGGAAAUUCUUUCUCUUGCCCACAAGUGCUACUUAUGCUGGGCUGGCCACUGCAAACAGUGUUCUUCAUUUGAAGCACCUGCUGGUCAAACUCCUCGCCCAUUCAAGCAAGAUGGACUCUCUAUGACUGUUCCUCUCAGCAAGAACUUGAGGGGUUUUUUCCAGCAUGGUCAGGAAGCCUUUGUUCUUAAAAGCCCACUUCUAAGCAUUCACCUAGAGAUAAUUCCCA